AUGCGAAGAAGAGAUAAAGAGCGUGAAAAGGAGGUCUUUAAGAAAAGUAAAAAGGUAGAUUUAAUGCCAAUAAAGGGAAUUGGGGUCGAAAUGAAAGACGAGAUAAUGGAGAUACUAAAACAAUUGACCUUAGACGUGAAGGAUAUUAAAAGAAAGCAAAUAGUUUAUGCAGAAGAUUUAAAAGAAUUAAGAGCAGAAAAACAGAAGCUGAAGAAAGAAAAUGAAGCUAUUAGAAAUAAAAGUUAA